AUGGCCCUCGACCAUGUCCGCCUCUCCGUCGUCCAGUGCUUGGAGUCGCACCACGACGUCACCGCCUUUCUGCGCGCUCUUCCAGCGUCCUCGCUUGAUGCGCCACUGACGGCGCUCCUGACGCUCUUGACCAAGUCGUGGACCUUCAAAGAGUACUGGCCGGAAAUCAUUCCCGACUUGCUCACCGCGAAGACAUUGGAGGUCGCCGUCACCGCCGUCACUGCGCUACCAGCAAUCUUCAUCUAUGACGACGUCGGGUACCAGAAGCAUCAGUCCAACAUCGGCGCGCUCCAAUGGCUCGCCAACUUCACGCACCUCGGCAAGGCCAUCGAUCGCAGCAUGGUCGGCAACUUCAAAAGGCAUGUCAAGCGCUAUGACCAACUUGAGAGCGUACAGGUAUACGUCGACGCCUUUGUCCGUCUGGCGCCGUCGCUGCCGCCGCGCCUCCGCCAUCUCACCUUCGUCCGCGACGAAUUUGACGACGAUUCGGAAAUCUCGGAAGACUCGGAAGACUCGGAAGACUCAGAAGAAUCCGAAUCGGAAUCGGAGGACUUCGAAGACUCAGAAGACGACAGCAAUGAGUUUGACGACGGCUCGGCAACCUUCUGCUGCCAUCGCGACGACGUGUCCGAAGACUCGCAAGUCGACAGUCACGAUGAGAGCGACAAGACCGUCAUCAACGCGAACCUCGCGACGGCCUUACAGCAAUGGCUCGGCAAUGGCAGAAGCCACAAGCACGUGACAUUCAACUGCGCGCUGACGAAGGGCGAUGCCGCAGCCGUCGCCGACGUGCUUGUAUCUUCUACGUCGAUUAAGACCCUCGAGAUGAACGGGUCCGUGGAGCUCGUAGAGGCUCUCCUCGCGCGUACCGAGCCGCUGCCUCACUUGACGGGGUUCAAAAUCACGGGCUCGUCGGUCGAUGAAGCGAAGCAACUCGUGGCACGUCUCGACGCCACCAAGCUCACGCAGCUCCAAGUCGGCAACAUGGCGGACCUCAACUGGGUCCUGCCCUUGCUUCCGACGAUGCCCAACCUCCAGGAUCUCUCGCUCAUCUAUGGUCAACUUGAUGAGGUUCCUCCCACGUUGACUGGCGCGACACCCCGUCUGCGCGCGCUGACCCUCCACGGCGUCAGCUUUCCAGACACGGCGAUUGACGCGAUCUUUCAAACGUUGCGCCACUGGAUCCACACGACGGGCGUCACGAACGUGAGUCUGGUGCACUGCAAACUGGAACGAGCCAAUGUGAUUGCGUCGGUGCUCCAGAGCUCACCACGGUCGUCGGCACUCACGUUCAUGGACAUCGGCGACAUCGGCGACGACUUUGGUUGCCUUCACACGCUCAUCCAGUCGAUCGCCCAUCUUGUCAACACCACUGUCCAAGUCGCGUUCGAGAUGAGCACACGGCAGUUCAAAAGCAUCAAGACCACGGCGCUCUUGAACCAUGGCGUGACCUCCUCGACGCUAAUCCAAUACUAG